AAUAGUAUUUGAAUGAAUGAAAUUUUUCAUAACAGGAAGAAUUAAAUUUAAUUUCUAAUCAUACAAAGUAAAAGUUGAAUAGCAAAGAAACAUGGGUAACAAAGUGAACUAAUUUUUUGUUUAAUCUAUGUAAUACAUCAUGAAAAAUUUUGUUCAGUCAUUUUUUAUAAAACAUAUUUUUAAUAUCGUUUGAAUUAUAAUUCAUUAUUUUGAACACUGUACUCUAUUUCGCAUUGUACUUUAAUAAAAUUAGGGAACGUUUCGCUUAUGAUUAGAAUGUAAUCGAAUAAAAAUACAACUUUUAAUAGUAUCAAAAGAACUUUCAUCUCUACAUUAUCAAUAUAAAGCUUUUUACUGUUAAAUAUAUAUGAAUGUUCUAUAAACAGUGUUUUGAACAUGACGAAUGUUGAAAUAUAUAAUAUAUACAAAACUAUAUGUACAUUCUUUAUAUUAUACACAUCAUACUAUUUAAUCAUCAUUUAUAUCUUUGUAACAGUAUGUGCAUGAAUCAAUUUGUCAAAUUGAUAUAAUAAAUAAACAAAAGGUAGUCCUCAAUUUACAAUAUACAAUAUCAGACAGAACUAGAUGUUAGAGGAAAUUUAAUAUCAAACAAAUAAAAUUCUGUCUUCUCUAACAAGUAACAAAGAUAUAAUUGAUGAGUCCAAGUUUAUACAUGUCAAUAACCUGUACAUGCACAUCACCGUGUUAUAUGUGGAUAUUUUACAGUAUGACGUACAUAUUGUAACGUGGUGACACCCGUGCCCCCCCGUUACAAUCGCUACGCUUUCCCCCACGUUACACCUCCACCUCAAAACCACCCGUAACCCUUCCCUCGCCUAACCCUUUCCCCCUGUUCACCGGUGUCGGGCCGAUGGAGGCAAAAGAAGACGGAAAAGGAACACCCGCAGCAGGAGCUACGAGGCCGGCGACAGACCCCUAAACCGUCCUCCAAGGAAACGGAGCAACGUGGGACUCCGAAGAAAGAGACAAAGCUACCCAGACCAUGCAAACGUCCACCCGGAGCCAUCUGUCGCCGAGCCCGAAGACCUCAGCCCACCCGUCACACAGUGGGGCAGAAUCCCUAAAUCGUGGUCAAAAGUCAAAAAAUAAAGUUUGUGUUUAAGGUAUAUGAAAUACUAGGUUGGCUAGACUGAUAUUGAAGGGCCUAAAAUGUACAGUUAGAAAGGUCCGUCCCCUUAUACCUGCGCUGGUAUUCCAGUCGCAAAGUGGCCUUCGUACAAGCAGCAGUUAUAGUGUGCAGAAGCGAAAAUCGAUAGACAAAUUCAAAGGGACGCCAAAGUUUUUAAAGAACAGAUAUUUUAAUUCUGUAAAAUGGAAUCUUCUGCGGAAUCUUCUGCUGCUCAAGCUGGAAGAAUUGGCUUGACAAGGAAAGAAAUCUUUUUGCUGUUAAAGGACCAUUUCAACGACAAUAUAACGGUUUCAUACGAAAAAAUUGAAUCCGUUAUGUCGGAAAAGUUUCAAUGUAACUACACGUUACCGCAAGCCAUGAAACAGGACAUACGCAAAUUAUUGCACGAUUUAAAAGUGAAAUGGCAACAAGUUCAUAGAAUGGAAGAGAGAUUUUUUAAUAAAAAUAGGGAAUGGUUGGACGUAUUCGUUGUUUUCACGAAGGAAGAGGAAAUUGCGGAAACAUCCACAAAAAAAGAUUCAAGUCGUCCAUCUUCAGAUUUUUCAACUUCCAGUGAGAGAACAAAGCGAAGAAGAACUGAAGGUAUUCGUUCAAAAACAAACGUAGAAGAACUGUGUUAUGCGACACAAAUGAAUCUUCGAGCUGCAGGACAAUUGGACGCUGCUAAGGUUCUACAGGAUAUGACAGUGAGCCCGUCAAAAGCUCAGAAAUACAGGAAAUGUGUACAAUCGAUUUCCGAAAAUACUUUUACAGGUGAUUCUGCUUUAUCAUUGUUGAUUGAAUUGAAAUUUUCAAGAAGUCAAUACCAACUACAACGAAGUGCAUGUCUACAAAAUAAUUGCAAGGUAUUUCCAUCAUACAAAAAAGUACAAGAAGCAAAACAUAAUUGUUACCCACCUAAGUCAGAAAUGACAAUAACCGAAAAUUGCGGCGAAAUAAAAUUGCAGGCCUUAUUAGAUCAUACAGCUGAACGUAUUUUAUUAACACAAAUCGAUGUAAUCAAAAGCUUGAGUCCUGAACAGGUGCAAAAUAUGAUUUUGAUUUGCAAGUGGGGGUGUGAUGGCAGUUCAGGUCAGAGUACAUACAAACGGAAAUUUAGUGAUGAUAGUGGAAGCCAAUCAGAUGCAAAUGUUUUUUUCACUUCACUUGUACCACUCCAACUUUUAUCUACGAAUGAAGAAAAUAAUAAAAUUGUAAUUUGGAAGAAUCCGAGACCUUCGUCUCCUAGGUUCUGCAGGCCAAUUAAAAUCAAAUUUUUACACGAAACAACAGAAGGUACUGUAAAAGAAACAGACGAUAUUAAACGGCAAGAAAGUGAACUAACCACUUUUAAAACAAUUUUUGAUGGGAAAUGCAUUUCAGUUGUAUAUCAACUUGCAUUAACCAUGAUCGAUGGUAAAGUAUGCAAUGCCAUUACUGGCACGUUAUCAACGCAACGUUGCUAUUUAUGUGGAGCAACGUCAAAAGACUUCAACGAUAUUGAUGCAGUCUUGCAAAAGACAGUUAAUGUAACCAAUUUGCAAUUUGGGUUAUCCACACUUCAUGCAUGGAUACGGUUCUUUGAAUGUUGCCUGCAUUUGUCGUACAAACUAGACUUGCAAAAAUGGCAAUCUCGAAAUGAGGAAGACAAAUUACAAGUGGAGAGGAGAAAAAGGAACAUUCAGGAAGGUUUUCGUGUGAAAUUGGGACUGAUCGUCGAUAAACCGAAGCCUGGGUAUGGCAGUACGAAUGAUGGAAAUACUGCUCGCCGCUUUUUCGAAAAUUCGUCUGUUUCUGCAUCAAUAACAGGAGUAGACGAAGACUUAAUAAAACGAUUUCAUACAAUAUUACAGACGAUUUCAUGCGGAUAUGAAAUUAAUCUUCCAAAAUUUCAACAAUACACAUUAAACACAGCCCGUAAAUUUGUUCACUUGUACCCAUGGUACUAUAUGCCCACUUCAGUGCAUAAAUUAUUAAUGCAUGGAACAGAAAUUAUAGAUUCCUCAAUUUUACCCAUUGGACAAAUGUCCGAAGAUGCACAGGAGUCUUGCCACAAAUAUUUUAAACGAUUCCGAGAAGACUUUUCACGCAAAUGCUCGCGAACGAAAAAUAUGGAAGACGUCCUUCUACGAAUGUUGGUCUCUUCAGACCCAUUCGUUUCCAGCCAACGACAACUGCCAAAAAAAAAACUAAGAUCAUUAUCUUCCGAAGCAAUAGAAUUGUUAAUUCCGCCUAAAGUUAGGAAUGUAACCUCCGAUACAAUAGAAAAUAUUAAUAUUCCACAAUCGUCUACUGACGAAAACUCUGAUAAUUCAACUGACGAUGAUGAAUAUUAAAUAAUUAAGUUAUAAUUGAUUUAAAAUGUACAAUUUUGUAAUAAUUUGUUUAAAUAAAACUAUUUGUUAUCAAUAAUGCCACAAACUUCAUAAUAUAUAAACAUUUUGAGCAAUAAGUAACCCUAAUUCCUGUAAAUUUGAAGCCAACUAUUCCUCACUCGGAAAAUAAGUAAUUAUUAAUCAUUUAUCCUUCUGUAAUAAACUUUUAAAAUGUUGCUGCCUGUUACUAACUUACUUUUCCGUGCAGUAUACGAUUCUGUAGUCACAAAUUGCAAAGAAUGCAAUUUUGAAACAAUUUGUUUAAAAAAAAAUGUUUAAACAAAUCAUUUUUGCAAUUCCGACUUCAAAUUCGUAAUCUGCGGUCCAAAUUACCCUAAUAUAUAGAACCUUGUACAAAUCGUAUAGAAUCUUCAUAUUUUGACCACGUUUUAGGGAUUCUGCCCCACUGUGCGUCAUCGCGGGAUAUCCGCCAGCCCCAUCGACCCCGAGCACCGGUGUAUCGAAGAUCGAUAAUCGAUCUAUCCCAUUGCCGGAAGAGGCCCCCUUCCUAGUCCCAUCCCCUCCCCAAACCAUCCCGCGACGGUUUCGUCGUCGCAGCAGCGACGGCGAACCGUCAUUGAGCCCGAGGCUAUCGUUGCGAUUAAGAGAGUAAGAGAGUUUGAGAUAGGCGAUUUAUCGAGUGUUGAGAGAGAGUGCAAGAAGUUUUGGGUGAGUCCCUUACCGUAUUAAUAUUGUAAAAAGCGAGAUCGAGGCAACGGCUAUUUUCUCCGCCCGCGCAUUGUUCGAAGUAGAGACGGCUCCCCCUUUUCGCUCUUCCCCCCCUUUGAUUUUCCGACCACAGUCAUUUCCUCAUUCGCGUAACGUAGGCGAACUUUCCCGCGAACCCCUCUUCCGACCCUAGAGAUUUCCCUUCCCACAAUAAUCCUCCUUGCGUACUCCCCCGCGAAGUAUUGUACGGACGUAAGUGCCCCGAGACCCAUCCCCUGUAAGACACCCACGAACCCCUUUUCCCUUUCGAUUUUGAUCGCCACACCGAGUGGCUGGCGCCCAACGUUUGUGAGAGAAUAUUGUAGAGUAAAGUUUGCGAAUAGAAUCUUGUAUAGAGUGAACCCCCGAAGAGGGUCACAAUAUAUAUUUGUUAAAGAAUAUAAAUUUUUUUUACAAUCUAUUCUACAAACUGACUUUACAUAAUGUUUACAACUUUGAAAUAUAAUCCUGUAUAUCUAAGAAGAAAAUAAAACAAAACGGAGAUACACCGAUGUAAAUAGUCUGUAAUUCAGUGUUUCCAAGAACACGUUGUUGAUACUUGUAUGUACAUGUAUACAAGAAACAGUAGAGAAUCGACGACUGCAUGCUGACUCAUAC